UGGCCGCCCUAGGCGUUCUGCGGCGCGCCCCGCACAAACAUGGCGAGAUCGGGGCGGGGAGUCUCUGCCGCUCACAGCGAUGACGAUCCUCGGGUAGAAUCUUUGCCCCUCAUAAAGAUGGCGACUGGUGACAGGGCCGGCGCUGCUGGCCAAUGAGAAGCCAUGUUGCUACGGGUUGUCAUGGUAACAGCCAAUGACACGUGGAGAUGGAGUCUAGUGUUGCUGCCCAAGAGGCUGGGGGGCCGGGGGGGCGGGAAGCCGGGCUGCCAGCGGCGCUGACGGCCGUCGAUGGGGACCGGGGCCCCCAGUGGGGAGCGGCGCCGGUGGUGAAACGCGGAGUCCAGGUGUCAUCUCACCCUCCAGGACCUGGCAGCAUGACCUUGACCAAGGGCUCCUUCACCUACUCCAGUGGGGAGGAGUACUGCGGAGAGUGGAAGGAAGGCCGCAGGCACGGCGUUGGCCAGCUAACGUUUGCGGAUGGCAGCACCUACCUGGGUCACUUUGAGAAUGGGCUCUUCCAUGGCUGCGGCGUGCUCACCUUCUCCGAUGGCUCCAGGUACGAGGGGGAGUUCGUGCAGGGGAAGUUCAAUGGCGUCGGAGUUUUCACGCGCUACGACUCGAUGACCUUCGAGGGCGAGUUCAGGAGCGGGCGUGUGGACGGCUUCGGGCUCCUGACCUUCCCCGACGGCUCCCAUGGGGUGCCCCGCAGCGAGGGCUUCUUUGAGAACAACAAGCUGCUGCGGCGGGAGAAGUGCCCGGCCGUGAUCCAGAGAGCUCAAAGUGCCUCCAAGUCCGCACACAACCUCCCGGCGUGACCGUGGUGCCACGGGACUCCGCCGCCCACCCACGGCCCCUCCUGCCGCUGGCCGGCCUGGCUUCCAAGAGCCUGUGGGGCAGGAGCUGCGGUGCCCAGCCGGGGCGGGGGGGGUGCGUUGGCACAGCUUGUCACAGGCCCCAGCAUAGCUGGCCACCUCCCUCCUGCUGGCUACAGAACUUCCUCUGAGUGCCCACCUCCCGGAUCCUGGGGGCUCUGAGUGCUGCCCCCCACUGGGGGGAGACAGGAGACCCCCUUCCCUGGGGCUGUGCUCACUGCCUUGGGGCAAGCAGUACCGCAGGGCCCUCCAUACAGACCCCUGGGCACAGCCCCCUGCUGCUGGGCUGUGUGGGGCAGUGGAGGGGCAAUCUGCCAGGGCCGUGGUGCCUGUGGUUAGCAGGGGAUGUAGCUGGGAGCUGCUGCACCUGCUUUCCCAAAGCCAGGCAUGAUGGGCUGGGGGUAGUGCCCAGUCUGUGCCCCCCAAGCUAGUGCCCAGUCUGUGCCCCCCAAGCUCAGCGGGAAUAGUGCCCCUCCCCAGCAGGUUGCUGACCCAGGCCUGAAUUCACUGGUGGGGUAUGGUGGCUGUGGCAGGGAGCUGGUAUCUCCCUGCCCCUUUUUGUCCUGAUGCUGGGGGCAGGGCAAGCCCCCCCACCCCUUCCCUUGCUCUGGGCAUCCUGGCCCCAUGGCCCGUGCCUCCCCCUCAGCUCUCCCAAGGGCGUAUGGCCUGAGCAGGCCCAGGUCUCCUCCCAGCUGGCCUCUCUGUGUCCCGGGGGCUGUCUGGUCACUAUUGCCUGUCAGUGCCUUGACACAGGUUCAGGCCAGGGCUGUGAUCAGGGGGCACUGUGUAGCCCCAGCCCUGAGCCAUGCCCAUGGUUCCAAGCGUCUCAGCCUCCUCCCUCAUUGCUGUGCUGACAGGCCGCACUGUGGGGCUGGUGCCAAGGGCUCCGGCAGGCACCGGGCGCUGGGGGUCUGCACUGCCUGGAGUGAGCUUCUCGCGCUCCCGCUGUCCCUUGAACCGACUGGGGACUUAGUCUCCAUUCAGCCCUAGUGAGCACUGGGGCCUGCCGUGAUGGGACCGUGUCUGUGCCAGUGUCUGGGGGGCUGCAGGUCAGGGCAAGGGGCAGAGCUGUGCUGGAGCCCAGCGGGGCGAGGAGGAGCAGGGGCUGAGGGGCACCAGCAGUGUGAGGUGGGGGAGCCAGGGCAGCGAGCAGGAUGGGGGGCACCAGCAGAGCUGCACACGGGACUCCCCCCACGCGGCCUGCUUGUCUCCAGUGUCGGUUCUCUGCUGGGAGCAGUAGCUGUCACUCGUGGUGCUGGUGCAGGAAGGGAGCCCGGGGCCAGGCCCGGCUGAGAGCCGUCUCCUCGCAGAGCGGGGUGCAUGUGAACUGCCCGCUCCAUGCUGCUGCCGCCCUCGUGCCUUGCUGUGUCCUGCACCGCGCCGCCCCCGCGGGGCCUCGGCGAAUAAACCGCGUUGCCAAA